AUGUCGUCCGACGACAGCGUAUCAAGGCCGGCUGCUGGCCCUGAGCCGCAGCAUCAGCACCUCGGCAAGCCGCCUACGAGCGGGCUGCUCACGCGCGUAGAAGUCUUCACGACCCAACUUCCAGACUACUAUGUCACACCUUUCUGUGGCGCCCUGGCCGGCGUGGCCUCGGGCAUUGUGACAUGUCCUCUCGAUGUCAUCAAGACCAAGUUGCAGGCCCAGGGAGGCUUUGCGCGACGCCGCGCACCAACUCAUACUUCACAAAUGUACCGGGGAAUGAUUGGUACGGGAUCAACGAUUUGGAGGAGCGAAGGCAUUCGAGGAUUGUAUCGGGGGUUAGGGCCAAUGCUGCUUGGAUAUCUGCCGACAUGGGCAGUGUAUUUGACCGUGUACGAUCAAUCAAGGGCUUUUUUUGGACAGAAAACAGACAAUUGGUGGCUCUCACGAACAUAUGCUUCUGUGACGGCCGGAGCAUGUUCAACGAUAGUGACGAAUCCAAUCUGGGUCAUCAAAACACGAUUAAUGUCGCAGAGUGCCAGACUGAGCGGAGAUGGCCAUACUCCAUGGCACUACCGAAACUCACUGGACGCAGCUCGGAAAAUGUACAUGACAGAAGGCAUCCGGGCCUUUUACUCUGGUCUCACACCGGCCUUGCUAGGGUUGACUCAUGUGGCCAUCCAAUUCCCACUCUAUGAGUAUUUCAAGAUGGCAUUCACGGGAUAUGGCAUUGGAGAACACCCUGGUGAAGGUGACUCACAUUGGGUGGGAAUAUCGUUGGCUACAUUCCUCAGCAAGAUCUGCGCCAGUACUGCUACGUACCCACACGAGGUACUCCGUACUCGACUCCAGACCCAACAGCGACACCCACCAGCCUCUUCGCCCGAAGAAAUUUCUUUCCGUGGAGGACUUGAACACCCAGCCGACCGGGGACGGCCACCUGGUGGUGCAUCUUCUUCAGAUGGCAUGCCAAACCGACCUCGCUAUGCCGGUGUCUGGCGCACUUGUCAGACAAUCCUUCGUGAAGAAGGAUGGCGGGCAUUCUACUCAGGAAUUGGGACAAAUCUGAUCCGAGCUGUGCCUGCGGCUAUGACCACCAUGCUGACGUACGAAUACCUCCGCAAAACAAUAACAACACUCCAACACGAAGGAGAAAAACAAGCCUCGGACGAUCCUAUUGUUUAG